AUGCCACAGAUUAUGCGAGCUCGGAAGACCGAUGCCGGAUACUACUACCUCAUACACUAUGACGGGUGGAGCAAAAAGCAUGAUGAGGAGGUGCGGCAGUCGGAGGUGAUCAAGUACAACCCUGACCUCAUCGGCCCCAUCCCGGGUGCCGAGGGGGAUGACGAGGAUGGUCCAGGAGUGCUUCCCUCCGUUAAAAAGAGGAAGCUGGAUGCCAGCGCUGGCUCCUUGGAGGUCGCAGUAGAGUUGCGGCUGCACAUCCCAGCGACCCUGAAGACCAUCAUCAUUCAGGACUAUGAGCUGGUGACCCAGGCCGGCCAGCUGCUGCCCCUGCCACGCAGCGAGCACCACCGCCCCACCGUGCACCAGAUUCUGGAGGAGUACCGGGCGCAGGCGGCCGCUGAGCUGGAGGCCGAGGAGGAGGACAGGGAUGCGCUGGGGCGGAGCCGGGAGGAGCGUGUGGCUGCCCUGGUGGAGGCGACGGAGGGGCUGGGGACCUACUUCGAUCAGACGCUCGUCCACUACCUGCUCUACCAGCAAGAGGUCUCCCAUCAUGGAGAGGCAUCCGCGGGCGGGCUCGCACCCAGCAGGCUGUAUGGUGCAGAGCACCUCCUCCGGCUCCUGGUGAAGCUCCCAGAGCUCAUGCCCGUCUGCCACAUGGGCCCCCAGGACGCUGUGAACUUGGAGGCGAGGCUGCAUCACUUCAUGCAGUAUGCUUCGGGCAGUGCCCAGGCUCGCCUCUUCUCCAACAGGGAGCAGUACAUCCCAAACCCCGACGCCGCGCCGGAGCUGCUGCUCCCACCCCUGCCGGCGACUGCCAACCCCACCCGGGCCGCCACGCCAGUGCCUGCCUGA